CACAAAAAAAAUAAAAUAAAAUGUCUGGCUGUAACAAAAUCCGUCACAUUGUAAGAUUGCGGCAGAUGCUACGGCGGUGGCGCAAGAAAGCAGCAGUGGCCGCCCGCCCUUCCCCCUCCGACGUCCCGUCCGGCCACGUGGCAGUCACCGUGGGUCCCAGCCGCAAGCGGUUCGUUGUCCGGACCGCUUACCUGAACCAUCCGGUUUUCAAGAAGCUACUGGUUCAGGCCGAGGAAGAAUACGGGUUCGCUAACUCCGGCCCGCUGGCCAUCCCAUGCGAAGAGUCCCUUUUUGAGGAGAUUCUCCGCUACUUGGCCCGGACCAGCUCGGCCCGGUUCAUGAGCUUCGAGGAUUUCCAGCGCUACUGCCAUGUGGGACUGCAGACCAACCUCAAAAUCCUGGCCGAAUCACGCCCUCUUUUGCGACAUGGCUAUUUGGUAAACUUGUCGCAAAAUUAAAGGACAGUGGCGAGUCGCAUAUAGAUAUCGUAUUUGGUGGAAUUCAUAGAAUUAUACUAUUGUUUCUUUUUUCUUACGUCGGAGAAUGUGAAAUGGAGACGGCAGAGACAGUGGCGAGUCGCCACUGAGUCGUCCCGG